UCUCUGUUGAUCUGUUAUUCGCCAGUAGUGACCAUCCAUGGUCACGAACAGUCGCCUCUUAUAUUUAAAUGUUUUUAUAAAGAAGACAAAUAUCAACAAGAUUACAAGAUAUUAAACGUGAUAUGAUAACAGGUAAUAUUUGUUACAAAACUGUUUAAAACAGGAAAUACCAAUACGAUGUUGAAUCUGGUUUUACCGACGAUUUUCCUCAUAGUUUGUAUAAACGGAAUUUAUUGUUUAAGAGAGGGCGAAUCAUGUUAUGACGAUAACAGCAAAUUUUGGGGUCGCUGCAAGCAUUCUUAUGACUGUCCAUCCGCUGAUAGGAAUUUCGCAGAUAAAGGAGUACGCCCUAUUUUCUGUGAAUAUUCCGUAAGAAGAGUCUUGGUCUGCUGUGAAGAGAAGCAGCAGAGUUCUGUUGCGCUGACAUCAGGCAACAAGAAGAGAAUCAGCGAAAAAAAAUGCGAGGAAUACAGCGAGGAGGUGACACAGAAAGUGGAAUUCAUCGCAUUAGUACUAGAACCGGAGACGAUGACAUUAUCUGAUGUGAACUGCAACUAUACCGGUGUUGAACUCAUUGUGGGAGGAGAGAAUGCCUUACAAGGGGAAUUCCCGCAUAUGGCUGCUGUAGGUUGGGAGUUUGGGGGUAGUACAUCAUUUAGUUGUGGUGGGAGCCUUAUUAGUAGGAAGUUUGUAAUGACAGCAGGGCAUUGUAUCAAACGGCCUCGAUUUGGAGAGCCGACAGUCGUCAGACUUGGUGAACAGAACUUAGACCCGAACGUCAAAGAUGGAGCUAGUCCUGUUGAUGUUCGUAUCAAACAUAUCCACAAACAUCCAGACUACAAACCACCACAGCGAUACAAUGAUAUCGCACUUCUAGAGUUAGAGGAAGCAGUUAAGUUCAACAAUAACGUUAGACCUGCCUGUCUCUGGUCUAAGUCUGACUUCGGAUCGUAUCAAAAGGGAAUAGCCACUGGAUGGGGUGUUAUUGAUCCAGACACACAGCAAACAUCAAAUGAGUUACAAAAAGUAUCAUUGUCUUUACUAACUAAUAGAUAUUGCAAACCUUUGCUCAAACCAAAUCGUUAUUGGGACGGCUUUGUCGACACACAGAUGUGCGCAGGAGAGUUACGUGGAGGAAAAGAUACCUGUCAGGGUGAUUCAGGUUCCCCCCUGCAGGUAGUCUCCAGUGACAACCAAUGCAUCUACUAUGUAGUGGGCGUUACAUCAUUCGGUGGUAAAUGUGCUAAGAGCGGACAACCAGCUGUAUAUACUCGUGUAUCUAGCUAUUUAGACUGGAUAGAGGGUAUUGUGUGGCCUGGAGAGUGAUGUGUUUUUUUAUUAAAUAUUUUAUAUUGGA